AGGUCAUUGUAUGUUUUCAGUAUGUUCUUUUAAGUAGAAUAGUUAAAUAAGACUGUAAUUUUAUCAUAAAAAAUUAAAAUUAAGUAUUUUUCUUCACUAAAAAUAUGGAACCUAUUUCAUAAAUUUGAAAAAUGUCAACCACUGGAUUUAGGGCUUCCACUGGAGCCGAUUCGCCAAACUCUUGGUUAAAACAGAACUACGACUCCGGGAGCUACACUCGUAGCAUCGACGAUGAGGAGGAAGAUCGUUUUUCAAGGAAAACAAGAAACAGUGGUACGAUGAGUAUCGUGCUGUCCGAAAGAAAUGCAACUCCAAUCAAACCGAAAAACCCGAGCGGGUCACGUGGUAUGCUCGGAAAUGUGUUAGAGAAGAUGCAUGAAGGCGAUGUACUGUCACAGCAUGAUAUUUCAGCUGCACUAAGAGAUUAUAAUCUCCUAUUGAGCAAAAUGGAAGAACUUGAAAACAAGACAAAGAAGAUGCGGUUGCAAGUAUCAGGUGAGGAAUCAGCUGGCAUAGCGCCGCCUGGUGAAUCAAAGAUCACGAGAGACGAGAAAGAAAAACUGACGGAACAGUUAAAAAGGAAAGAUAAGCUUAUAGCGGAUUAUCAGAACAGAUUUCAGAGAAUAUCACACAAAGCAAAAACAAAAGCGUUGAAAAACGUUCAUGUUGAAGACGUUGUACCGCCAGAAAAAAUAAUUGACAACUUUGUUGAUCUGUACGAAAGGGAAUGGUACCACGCUUUUGAAACGCUAAAAGCUUCUUGGCAUGAUGAGGAGAGGGUUAUUUUCGCUCUCUUUCGUAUUGUGAGGCAUGCGUAUAUAUUUUGUUUUGACAUGGCUGAAACACAGCGAACGGCCGUCGAAGAUUACUCGGCUCGUUUGCAAGAAGUGAUGCUACAGCCGACCUUCACCCACCCGAUAUCAAAACUGAAAUACAAACCUUCAGCAGAAGUGAGUACAGAAAACCAACAAUAUAUAACUGUAGGCCGGCGCCUCCUCAUCGACUACAAAAAUGUCCUUGUGAGUCAGACCGUGCCAGCUAUUCAAGAGCUGUUCAGAAAAGUGAAAUUGCCAGAAUUAUUUGACAGCGGUUUUGUUAACAAAGCCGUAAAAGACUUUGUAAAUCGAACCUUGGAGCUAAUUUGGUUGAUGGUAAUACAAGAGCCUCCAAUGAUGGUAUAUUGGCUCGAACCGAAACAGACUGUUGUAAAGGAGUAUUUCAAAUUCUACAAGGAGAAGAGAGCACUAGUUAGACAGACAGUGUGGCCUGCCGUGUUCCACAAAGAGGGCGGAGCGUUGCUUAGCAAAGGUGUUGUUCUAGCCGGAAGUGCCGAAGACUUAACCGAAUGACCAUUAUAUCCUAACCCUUUUUAGACCAAGUAGAUGAUUACAGAAAGUAUAAUUAUUGUAUUGAAUUAUAUUCGGACCUUUUUGUAAAAAAAAUAACAUUGACAUAUGUCGGAACUGUACAAAGUAAGUUAAAGAUCAGUAGCAAUAUUCAAUUGUGUUUUAGUAUAAUUUUGUUACGUUUCUGUUGCUACACUUUUCAUUUCAUUUCGUGUAGUUUCAGUAAAUACGUUUAGUGUUUUUAAAACAUGUAAAUUUUUGGCGUGCCAUACUCCGUACACAUUUGAAUUGUAUAGCAAAUGAAUAUAAUAAUAAUAAUAUAUGCCUUAAGGUGCAUAUAUUUAUAUAUAUGUACAUACACAAAGAACUUUUGAUCGCGUUUGAAUUUUGUUUAACUUUCGUAUAGUUUCUCUAAGGAUUGCACUCUGUUUUAACUAAAGGUCAAUCUCUAUUGGCCUACAAGAGCUGCUGAAAAUCAAAACACAAAAUAAUUGACACGCUAAACCUAUAUCAAAUACAGAACUGGUUUAUUUGCAUGAUACAAUGUACAUGAUAGAAUAUAUAUGCUGAAUGAAAAAAAAAAGACCUAGAACCAUUUUAGUUCAUUGAAUUUACUAGUAGAAUGAAAUUGUUAAUAAAGACUGUGUUUUUAAAUGUCGGAAUGUACACUUUAUACACUGAUGGAGUUAAAAUAUAAAUAACCUGA